AUGUGGCAUUUGCACACCGGUGAAUAUACGAGUAUGAUCGGACAGUCAGGCUAUUACAACACAGCGGACAGGGCGUUGAGAGAUCUGAUGUCCAAUCUCUCCCCCCCAUACCUUGUUGGAGGAGAUUUCAAUAGUCGGCAUGCCACCUGGGGCAAUUUCACGAACAACAUGGGUGAAAUUGUUGCCAGAUGGGCUGCUGAUCAUGAAAUGGCGCCGCUUAAUGACGGGUCUAAAACUCGAUUCAGCCCAAUCCAGAAAAAUCAAGACACCGCCAUUGAUAUCACCUUUGCUUCAACAGCCAUCAUCAUAGACGCUCGAUACCACGAACGACCGGAAACACAGCCUCGAAAUAUGCACCAUGGUGGACCGAAGAAAUCGGCACACUCAUUGAAAAUCGUAAAGAAAAGUGGAAACUUCUUCGAAGAACCGCCAAAACGUCUAGUAUUUGAACAAAGUUUCACUGCUAGUAACUAUUCGGAAACAUUAGAAGAGAGAAACUACCAACCACCGCCUUCCAUCCCUGAAAAUGAAAACAUGGACAAAGACUUCUCUGGAACAGAACUGACAAUCGCUCUCAGCAAAUGUGCUGAAGCUUUCGCUAUUGAUGUAGCGGUCAAAAGAGCCAAUGAACCAACUGUGAUCUACACCGACUCGGCAAGUGUGCUAACAGCUUUAGAAUCUGGAACCAAGCAUCCGAUCAUCCAAAACAUCAUCUAUCAAAAAAAUCUGAAAAACGUUACGAUGGUCUGGAUUCCAAGUCACGUUGGUAUUCAGGGCAACGAAGAGGCUGAUCGACUUGCGAACUUAGAAAGAAAUGAAAGUAGAUACGCUAUAAAUAUUCCAAAAGCGGACGCGCUAAAGUGGAUCAAGAGAAUGUUGAAACUGCAACACGAACGAAACUGGAACAAUCAGCUUAAUAUAAAACUGCGAGAAAUAAAAUCGACAACGGAAAAAUGGAAGGAUAUAAACAACAAAAAAGAGCAGAAGGUCCUUACCAGGUUGAGGAACGGUCACACCAGGAUGACCCACAAACAUCUGAUGGAGGGAACGGAAACACCAGUGUGCGAUGCGUGUGGUGUUCAACUGAUGGUAAAGCACAUAAUUAUGGAGUGCCUGAAAUACAACGACAGAAGACAAGUGCUGCCGGAAGGCAGCCUGGCGGAAAAACUUGAAAACAUUCGUUCCAAGGAGAAGAAAGUGAUACAAUUUUUAAAACAGUGUAACCUUUUUAAUGAGAUCUAA